GUUUUGAGAAGAGGCCCCCCGCCCUGGGCUGGGCAGGGAUGAGAUCUGAAACUGUCUAGGUCUGAAGUGGGGGUGCAGACGCGACAUGUCCUUCGCUUCCCCAGGAUCCCUGUGACCACUGGGCCGCAGAGGUCAGACCAGACUAAGGGCCUGCGGAUGCCCCCUGCCUGGCCCCCUUGCCUAAGCUGGCAGGGGGGCCGGGCCGGGCCGGGCAGCAGUCCCCUCUCACCCUGGUCAUGGAUCUCCUACCCCCAAAGCCCAAGUACAACCCACUUCGGAAUGAAUCUCUGUCAUCGCUGGAAGAGGGGGCUUCGGGGUCCACCCCUCCGGAGGAGCUGCCUUCCCCAUCAGUCUCGUCCCUGGGGCCCAUUCUGCCUUCUCUGGCUGGGGACGACAGUCCCACCACCCUGUGCUCCUUCUUCCCCCGGAUAAGCAACCUGAAGCUGGCCAAUCCGACUGGGGGGCGCCUGGGCCCUAAGGGGGAGCCUGGAAAGGCCACGGAAGAUGGGGAAGGGACUGCAGGGGCAGCCAUGAUGGACUCAGGCCCCCUGCCCCUCCUCCAGGACAUGAACAAGCUGAGUGGAGGCGGCGGGCGCAGGACUCGGGUAGAAGGGGGCCAGCUGGGGGGCGAGGAGUGGACCCGACACGGGAGCUUUGUCAAUAAGCCCACACGGGGCUGGCUGCAUCCCAACGACAAAGUCAUGGGACCCGGGGUUUCCUACUUGGUUCGGUACAUGGGCUGUGUGGAGGUCCUGCAGUCCAUGCGAGCCCUGGACUUCAACACCCGGACCCAGGUCACCAGGGAGGCCAUCAGUCUGGUGUGUGAGGCUGUGCCAAGUGCUAAGGGAGCAACAAGGAGGAGAAAGCCCUGUAGCCGCCCGCUCAGCUCUAUCCUGGGGAGGAGUAACCUAAAAUUUGCCGGAAUGCCAAUAACUCUCACAGUCUCCACCAGCAGCCUCAACCUCAUGGCCGCAGACUGCAAACAGAUCAUUGCCAACCACCACAUGCAAUCUAUCUCAUUCGCGUCUGGUGGGGAUCCGGACACAGCUGAGUACGUUGCCUAUGUUGCCAAAGACCCCGUGAAUCAGAGAGCCUGCCACAUCCUGGAGUGUCCCGAAGGGCUUGCUCAGGACGUCAUCAGCACCAUUGGCCAGGCCUUUGAGUUGCGUUUCAAACAAUACCUCAGGAACCCACCUAAGUUGGUUGCCCCUCAUGACAGGAUGGCUGGUUUUGAUGGCUCUGCUUGGGAUGAGGAAGAAGAGGAGACACCUGAUCACCAGUACUACAAUGACUUCCCUGGGAAGGAACCCCCUCUUGGGGGGGUGGUAGACAUGAGGCUUCAGGAAGGAGCUGCUCCAGGGGCUGCUCGACCCACUCCACCCAGUGCCCAGCCACCCAGCCACCUGGGAGCGACCCUGCCCAUAGGGCAGCCUGCUGCAGGAGACCCUGAAGUCCGUAAACAGAUGCUGCCUCCUCCACCCUGCUCAGCAGGCAGAGAGCUCUUCGAUGAUCCCUCCUAUGUCAACAUCCAGAACCUAGACAAGGCCAGGCAAGGGGGAGCCGGGCCCCCCAAUCUGGCCAUCAAUGGCAGCACACCCCGGGACCUCUUCGACAUGAAGCCCUUUGAAGAUGCUCUCCGGGCACCUCCGCCUGCCCAGUCCCUGUCCAUGGCUGAGCAGCUCCAAGGGGAGGCCUGGUUCCACGGGAAGCUGAGCCGGCGGGAGGCCGAGGCGCUGCUGCAGCUCAAUGGUGACUUCCUGGUGCGCGAGAGUACAACCACGCCUGGCCAGUAUGUGCUUACUGGCUUGCAGAGCGGGCAGCCCAAGCACCUGCUUCUGGUCGACCCGGAGGGCGUGGUUCGGACAAAGGAUCACCGCUUUGAGAGUGUCAGUCACCUCAUUAGCUACCACGUGGACAAUCACCUGCCCAUCAUCUCUGCGGGCAGCGAACUGUGCCUACAGCAACCUGUGGAGCGGAAAGUGUGAUCUUUCCCCAGUCUCCCUCCCAGAGGAUGCCCCCCCCAGCCCUUCCACCCUGCUCCCCUAACCCUCAGGACUUCUGUUCUGUGGGCUUGGCUUGGGGUGGGAGCUGGGAGUACUGUGGACUCUGGGUUUAGUGUCCACCUGAAUGAGAGGGUUUGAGUUAGGAUCCUGGGGUAGCAUCCUGCUUGUCCCCAAACCUCACCAAAGUAUUAAUGUGCAGAAUGGCCCUUGCCUGGGCCUUUCCUGUGCCAACCCGAUGUGCCCUACCCCCAGAAAGUGGGUGCUUGUCAUGUGCCCUGUGGUGACAGGCCCAGUGGAGCAAUCGCCCUUUUGGGGAAGGGAAUUAAUCAUACCUCUGGUCUAUGCCCGGGCUUCAGGGUACCCCAGACUCCUUUUAGUACCCCACCUGCUGUUGAAACUUUGUGCCUUUGCCAUCUCCUGGGUUGGCAGAUACUUGAUGUAGAAUUCUCAGGCUCCUGAGUUGAGGAUGGGUGCUGACACCUUGGCUUCUGAGAGCCUGCCCUUUUGCUCAGCAACCCCGCCCCUCCCGUGUGGGUUGGGAGAACCAGGGCAGGAGUAGCAGCUGUCCCCCUCUCCUCAAGGGUGAUAACGCAGCCCUAGAGAUUGCCCUAGACCCCCCUCCCGGCCGGGGGGAGUUGGACCCUCCCUUUGCUCAGUGCCUCCUGGCCGGGACCCUUUUCCCCAAGGGGUCUGUAUAUACAUUUCUUCAGCCCGCCCCUCCCAUGUUGCAUGUGUGUUAUAUUUGACAGCCAAAGUGUAGCCUUUCCUCCUGCAGCCCACCCCGUCUGCCCUUUCUUGGCUGUGGGUGACCAAACUCGGGCCUCCUAUAAGUGCAAGUUAACCUCCAGGCAGGUUCUGUGGCGGCCUUGCGAAUGAAGCGGUAGACAAUCCCCAGGUGCCGUCCGUACGUUUGGAACCGCAGCCAUGUUUGUUCUACAUGCAACUGUAGAUGGACCUGACUAGUUUUGUUUUCCCUGGCUUUUGAGCACGAAAUGACGGUCACCGAUUAUUACGUUUCUACAUCGCCUCUGACUUUUCCAAGCCCUUUUCCAAAUUGGCAUUUUCCUCUUGGGGCCUGGGGGUUACUAGGACUAGCAGGAUUAUCCCUUUCUUUGCUUCUUGUUAUUUUUUUAAACGAGAGACUCCGACGAAAACAUGGGCCUCUUAGGGCAAGGCCAGGAGGAAGUUUGGCCAGAUAGUGCUGGGUGAGAGAGAGAGAGCGCGCGCGAAUGGUGAUGUGGCCGCCGCCGACCAGCCAAUGCGGGACUUGUUCUCGUCCUGGCCGCCGUCCUCUUUUGUUGUCAUGUUCCGCGAGUCUCGCAUACCAAAGGGAAUAGUCUUCAUUAAAGUUCUGUAUUUCUUCUA